AUGGCAACUUCGGUUGAUCCUUUGGUGGUCGGAAGAGUGAUCGGAGAUGUGUUGGACAUGUUCAUCCCCACCGCCAAUAUGUCUGUCUACUUUGGCCCCAAACACAUCACUAACGGCUGCGAGAUCAAACCCUCCACCGCAAUCAACCCUCCCAAAGUCACCAUCUCCGGCCACUCCGAUGAGCUUUACACUCUCGUGAUGACUGACCCGGAUGCACCUAGUCCGAGCGAGCCGAACAUGAGAGAAUGGGUCCAUUGGAUUGUCGUGGAUAUCCCCGGAGGCACCAACCCCUCAAGAGGAAAGGAGAUACUUCCAUACAUGGAACCGAGACCACCGGUGGGGAUUCACCGUUUCAUAAUGGUACUUUUCCGGCAGAACUCACCGGUGGGUCUGAUGGUGCAGCAGCCACCAUCGCGAGCCAAUUUCAGUACCCGAAUGUUCGCUGGUCAUCUCGAUCUUGGUUUACCUGUGGCAACAGUUUACUUCAACGCCCAAAAGGAGCCAGCUUCACGCAGACGCUGA